AUGUUUCCAUUGUUCUCAUCAUCCCAUCAUCUCCAGAAAUCUUGCCGCCCUCGGUUUAGCUCAGUUAUCAGUCGAAUUCUCUUUCACCAAAAGAAAUCACAUCUUCGUACGGUAGCUGAAACUAAAAACCCCAAAACACCUCCAUCAUCUGUUGAAGAGAACCCCGAAUAUUUAUCUUCAUUGAAAUUCCUAGGCAUUGCAAGAACUGUGAUCUCCAAGUGUUCGAACCUAUGGGAUUCCAGUAAAGGUGAGAUAUUCAACACUGCUUCGCUUAAAGAUCAUCUUUUGAGCUUAUCUAGCAUAUCCCCUCAUAUUGUACGUAGAUUUUGGAGAACCACCGUUUUGAAACCUGAACAUGUUCUUGAAAUAUUGCUGGGUUUCGAAUCGGACAGAUGUAAGAACAAUCUUGCGGUUAAAAAAGAUGUGGGGACUCUAUGGGGGAUUUUCAACUGGGCAAGUGGGCAAAGUAAGGAAUUCUUGCAUUCUCCUCACUCCUGUAAGAUUAUGGCUUCGUUGCUUGUGCACAAUGGGUAUUUUACAGAAGCCGACUAUUUGUUUUCUAGAAAAGAGAUCCAAGGAAUUUUGUUGGACUGUAAAGAAAUUUUCAAUAAUCUGAUUGCGGGGUAUUUGGGGGAGUUUGAUUUGGAGAAGGGUUUAUUGGUUUAUGAAAGAAUGCGGAGUCUGGAUUUAGUUCCAUCAUUGUCGACUUACAAUGCUCUUCUUGGAUAUUUGGUGGAAUUGAACGAAACCAAAUUGAUGUACAAUGUUUAUCUGGAUUUGAUCACAAUGGGAAUGGGAAGGAAUGUAGAAGAAAGUAGCUGUCAUGAGAACAUUAUUCGGUUGCUCUGUGUAGAUGGAAAAGUUCAAGAAGCCAGAGAUCUUGUUAGGAGAACCAUGAGUUUUGGAAUGAAACCGAGUAACUUGGUUGUUAACGCAAUUAGUUCUGGUUACUGUGAUAAGAAGGAUUACAGCGAUCUGUUAAGAUUUUUAGAUGAAGCUGGAAUCUUGCCCGAUAUGAAACUCGGGAACAAGAUUCUGUUUUCUUUGUGUAAUAAUUUUGGCACGGAUCAAGCGAGCGCUUUCUUGCAGAAAUUGGAAGAAAUUAAUUUCUGCCCAGCUGAAAUAACAUUUGGGAUCUUAAUCGGUUUUAGUUGUCGUGAAGGGAAAUUGAAAAAUGCUCUACUUUACAUCUCUGAUGUCCUUUCAAGAGGUCUAAAGCCAAAUGUCUACUCUUACAAUGCUCUCUUGAGUGGGAUGUUUAAGGAGGGCAUGUGGAUGCAAGCUCGUGAAGUGCUUCUCGACAUGAAAGAUACAGGAGUAAGUCCAGAUUUGUCAACCUAUAGAGUUCUAUUAGCGGGAUUUUGUAAAGCUAGACAAUUUGAUGAAGUCAAGGCAAUAGUGUCGGAGAUGGUGGAUUGUGACUUAAUAACUCUCUCACCCUUGGAGGAUUUACUAACAGAAGGGUUCAUGAUUUUGGGGCUGAGUCCAUCGCAUGUGAAGAUUAAAAGGGAUAACGACAGGGGAUUGUCUAAGACUGAGUUUUUUGACAGUCUUGGUAAUGGACUCUAUUUAGACACGGAUAUGGACGAGUACGAGAAGAUAAUUGCUUCAGUUCUCGAGGAUUCCAUGGUUCCUGAUUUUAAUUCCUCUAUAGUGGAGAAAAGUAGUAGUUCAGAUAUAAAUGGCAUUCAGAUAAUGGUGGAUGAGAUGGAAAAAUGGGGGCAAGAAUUAUCUUCUUCAGCCUCUGCUUCUUUAAUAAAUCGCUUUUGUAGAGGCCCCUUUAGUGUCAAGAACAUCACUCAUCAUGUGUCGGUCAUGUCGAAAUCAAUUUAUCAGCUUGAUUGCAAGAAUUUGAAUACUAUUAUUCAGAUGUACAGCAAAAAAGGAUUUACUUUUAAAGCACGAAUGCUUUUUGACGGGAUGGUGAAAAGGGGCUACACUAUUGAUAGCUGCACCUAUUCAUCUCUAUUGUUUGAUGCAUGCAGAAAGGGUGAUUUGCAAAGCUUCAGUUACUGUUUUGAUCUUGCGCGAAAAUCUAAUUGGUACCCUGAAGCAAAAGACGGUAAUGCCCUUCUAAGCUCUUUGUGCAGGAACAAAUGGUUGAGUGAAGCAUUUGAACUGUUUGAGACGAUACUCUCUGUUAGCCCUUAUGAUAUAUUGGGCACUUUUCACUCAUUACUUGAGGGGCUUUGUACUCAAGGAUUCACUAGUAUUGCUCGUCCCUUACUGGAGGAAUUUUCUAAACAAGGCAUGUUUUUGGAUAACACAGCUUAUAGCCAUCUUGUGAGUGGGUUUUGUCGAGAGAAGAAGUUCAUGGAAGCCCUCAGAAUAUUUGAUUACAUGCUCUCUUUGAAUCUAUCCCCACCGCAAGAUGUAGAGCAGGUGAUUUGUCAGCUUUGCAAAACAAACGUCGAAAAAGCUUUUGAGCUGAAAAAUUUAUUCAUAAGAAAUCAACCUCAUGCACUAAUUCUUAUCAAUCGUGCCUUGAUUAAUGGGUUAUGUAAGUCAGGAAGGAUUGAAAAAGCAGCCAGUGUAUUCCGGGAGGCAUCAUUAGAGGGCUCAAUUCUCGAUAUUGAGGUUUACAACUCUUUAAUUGAAGGCUAUUGCGGGCUGAACAACUUUGAAAAAGUUAAACAAAUUCUUGCAGUCAUGAUAAGGAAUAAUUUGAGCAUCUCGGUUUUUAGUUACAGUAAAAUGGUGCGCUCGGCUUGCACGGAGGAUAAAUUCUCUCUUGCAAUGAGCCUCAAAGAGCUUAUGUUCCACAUAAGUGAACUUCCACAGCUCGUUCUGUACAAUAUUCUGAUAUUUCACAUUUCUUCCACGCGGGCACUUUUUCUUCUGGAUGAGAUAAUUUUUACACUUGGAAAGAAAGGUAUACAUUUCGAUGAUGCCACUUAUAAUUACGUCAUCCGAGGAUUCUUGCUGUGUGAAGACACAUCACGUUGUUUACACUAUCUGACGGUCAUGAUUAGCAAAGGUUUAAAGCCAAGUAAUCGUACUUUAAGGAAAGUCAUCAACCGCCUUUGUGAAAAUGGGAAUAUUGGUCUUAUCAUGGAUUUGAGUCGACAAAUGGAAAUCAGAGGUUGGGAUUUUGGCCCGUUCAUCCAGUGUAAAAUUGUGAAUGCCCUUAUCGAUAACUGCAAUAUUCUUGAAGCUGUUGAAUUUCUUGAUAAGUUGAUGUCUAAAGAUUUGAUUUCCAAUAACAUAAGCUAUGAUUAUUUAAUCCAGCGGUUUUAUCAACAAGGGCGAAUUGAUAAAUCUGUCGAGCUUCUUGACUUAAUGUUGAGAAAGGGAAUUGCGCCUGAGUCGAACAGUUAUGAUUGCAUAAUCCAGGGUUUGUGUGAUUGCUGUGAAUGGGAUAAAGCAUUGGAUUGUUAUGCCGAGAUGUUGUGUAGAGGUUUAAAGCCGAGUUUGUCGACAUUUGAAACUCUUGUUUGUGGGUUGAGCAGAUGUGGCCUGCUCGAGGAAGGUGAGAAGAUACUUAAGUCGAUGAUUUUGUACUUUAGCGAAAAUCCGAGACGUGAGGUUUUCGAGACGUUGGUUGGUGCGUAUAUGUCAGAAAAGAAUAACAGUAAGGCGUUUGAGUUAUUGAAGGUUAUGCAGCAAAAGGGUUAUGAGCCGGAUUUUGAUACACAUUGGUCUUUGAUUGGUAACUUGAGUAAUUCCAGUAAAAUGGAUCAGAAAAGUGGGUUUUUGUCAAGCCUUCUUUCGGGUUUUGGGGUCGCACGAAAGUAA